AUGGAGAACGCUAAUUUAUGGACUCGAAGAUCUAACUCUGCAAAACUCUCCUUAUCGACUUCUUCCGGCUCUGAUAGUAAAGACGGUGUUGGGAAGUCGGAUUCAUCUCGUGGUCGCUCCGCAGGCCGCUUCGACGGCUCGCACCCGCGCUCAAACCCAUUCAACGCCAUAUCGCCUCUUUCAUCCACGGUCUCCUCCCCCUCCGUGGCCGCAUCAUCUGCUUUUGGGCUGGGCUCAGGCGCCUUUGCUUCGUUCGGUUCGACGGCAAAGUCAUCCAAGGCGCCCAACUCGACUGACGCAAUCGCUGGUAAACAACAAGGCGAUAAGCGAGAUAUACAAGCUGAUCAGGAGGGUGGGCCUUGGAAACCAGUCAAGUCAAAGGCGUCUUCGUCCUCUCUUGACAAAUCUGCGUCGUCUGUCAGCAAAGAUAACGGAGUAAGGGAGCUCCCGCUUAAGUCGACGUGGAUUGUCUGGUACCGUCCCCCGACACCCAAGUACUCUGAUUACGAGAAGUCCACUAUCCCUCUCGCCUCUAUCUCUUCUGUCGAGGGGUUUUGGACCGUUUAUUCACAUCUCAAACGACCUUCCCUGCUACCGACCGUGUCCGACUACCAUAUAUUCAAGAAGAACAUCCGUCCAGUAUGGGAGGAUGAGGCCAAUAAGAAGGGUGGAAAGUGGAUCAUCAGGUUGAAGAAGGGAGUUGCUGACCGAUAUUGGGAGGAUCUACUCCUUGCAAUGAUUGGGGACCAGUUUGCCGAGGCAAGUGAUGAGGUCUGCGGCGCUGUCCUCAGCGUUAGGAGCGGGGAGGACGUCUUGAGUAUAUGGACCAAGAUCGAUGGUGGCCGCAACAUUAAGAUCAGGGAAACCAUUAAGCGACUUCUGGCCUUCCCACCAGAUACCAACAUUAUCUGGAAAAGCCACGAUGACAGCAUAGCACAGAGGUCAGCCAUAGACCAAGCUCGCCUGGAUAAAUCCAGUGGCAAUUCCGGCCAUCACCAUCAUCACCACCACAACCAAGGUGCUGACCGCCGCCGCAAUGCCAACCAGGAAGAUUCCACUGGCGAACGAGGUAAGAAUGCUACGAACUCCUAA